CUGCACAGCGGUGGCUGAAUUUGAACUCAGUACUGAACUCUAAUUCUCAGAGUCGUACACAAGCCGUCACUCGUCGCGCGAAACGUUCCGCGUUACUUUCCUCAAGGUUAUUCACGGUCGACCUUCCCACUAUCCAACAUGCCAGGAGUAAGAGAUAUCAGCGCCGACGCUUUCAUUGUUGCAUAUGCUUCCCAUCUCAAACGGUCGGGAAAGCUCGAGGUCCCUACAUGGGUCGACCUCGUUAAAACAGGGUCUUUCAAAGAGCUCGCACCUUAUGACCCAGACUGGUACUACGUCCGUGCAGCUGCUGUUGCACGACACAUCUACCUCCGCAAAGACGUCGGUAUCGGCGCAUUGACAAAACUCCACGGUGGCCGCAACAGACGCGGAAACCGCCCAUCACACCACGCCAACUCCUCUGCCUCCGUCCAAAGAAAAGUCUGCCAAUCGCUGGAGAAGAUUGGUGUCUUGGAGCAGACCGACAAUGGUGGACGACGGAUAAGCCAAGAUGGUCAGCGGGAUUUGGACCGUAUCGCAACUGCCGUUGUUGAGGCUGCUAAGGAGGAGGAUGACGAGGAGGAAGGCGAAGAAGAGGAGGAGGAAGAGGAGGAAGAGGAGUAAACUCAUAUCCACCUCCACUUGCUAAUCCUGCAUUGUCGCAUGCUCUGCGCGUGGUCACCAUGGAUAUUAUGACGAUACGGUAUGAUGCAUGCAUAUCUUUAAAAAAUAUGGCACUUCACUGCUUUCUCAUCAUCUAAUGUCGCUCUGUUAAUUCCGUGGCCGCUCAUCCGGUGAGUGCUGUUGUUUCAUCACAGUUAUACUUUGAGGCAUUGUCGGGCACUAAUCAUCAUUCAUAUAAUACACCGAGUCCAGGUUGAACAGCGCAUUCGUUUUCUUUAUUGAAAUUUAGAUGA